CGGCAGCAGCUACAGCCGCGGCAGCAGCGGCAGCAGCGGCAGCAGCAGCAGCAGCAGCAGCAGCGGCAGCAGCAGCAGCAGCAGCAGCGGCAGCAGCAGCAGCAGCAGCGGCAGCAGCGGCAGCAGCAGCAGCAGCGGCAGCAGCAGCAGCAGCGGCGGCUGCGGCAGCAGCGGCAUCCCCAACUGCAACGACAGCACCGGCAGCAGCACCACCAGUGGCAGCCGUGCCCGCCGCGCCCUUGACCGCACCCUCCUCCCCCUCCCCCUCUCCCCCUCUCCCUCCGCCUCUCCCUCUCCCCUCUCCUGCCAGCAGCAGCAGCAGCCGAGGCAUCCCCACCUGCGGCAGCAGCAGCGGCGGCGGCGGCAGCAGCAGCAGUUGCAGCAGCAGCGGCAGCAGCAGCAACAGCAGCAGCAGCAACAGCCGGAGGGGUCCAGCAGCAGCACCUCCCCCUCCCCCUGGCCGCCGCGGGUCCACCCGCCGUCGCCUCCCCCUUGACCGCCGCGGGUUCACCCGCCGUCGUCUCCCCCUUGGCCGCCGAGGGUCCACCCUCCGCCGCCCAUCAUGGCUACCACCCCUCCUGUUCCUCUCCCCCCUCCUAUCGACGCCUCUUCGGUUGACAAGCUGCAGCUUGCUGCAGAUCGUUCCGCCAUCAACUGGCACUCGUUCGUCGGCAGCAUUCGCCGCGUCCUUCAAGACGCCUUCGUCGGACCCUACUGCAUCCUUGACGUCCUCCUUCGCCGUCCGCAGGCUCUCCAACCGACCGCACCCAAUCACCCUGGCGAACCUCCUCCCCUCCCCCCCCCGCCCUGGCCCCCCUCCUCCUGAGCCUAACCUGACCGUGGCUACUGCCCCCGAGCUUCAGGCUGCUGCGGACGCCACCUUCCUCCACAACCGCCGCGAAUACCUCAUCCGCAAGGCCGACCAUGACGUUGCUCUCCUCAACUAUGAGUUUGCCUCGUCAGAGCGUUCCACUCGCCUGGAGCUGAUUGCCGAGUACACCACCUCCAUGGCGGCUUAUGUCCCCAACAGCAUCGCCUGGGCCGCUGCCGACAACCGCGCUUGCACCAUCCUUCUUGGUGCUCUCCCCGACGCCCUCAUGCGCCGCUUCCAAGCUCGCGAGAUGCGCGCUCACCUCAUUUGGACCGAGCUCCAGUCUAUGUUCGAGCGUCGCGACAUCAGCUCUGUUGGCGUUCUAUUCCAGGAGUAUUUCUCCAUCACCCUCGCCACCUGUGACGGCGCAGUCGACUAUGUCGGGCGCAUGCAGGAGGUUGCCGAUCGCCUUGCCGCUCGCCAGGCUGCCCUUUCCGAGCCCCUGCAGAUCCACCGUCUGCUCUUCAACCUCACGCCAGACUAUGAGUCCCGCCUUCACGCCUUCACUGAGGCGAACCCCUUGGCUGGCCUCCCCGAGGUGACACAGUGGAUCAUUGACACGGAGGUCAAGCUCCGCACCCCCAUUGUCAACCUCACCACCACUCACUCCUCCUCCGCCUCCCUCGAUGCCACACAGCCGCGCACUCAGGUGGUGGUGGUGGUGGUGGUCCUAGUGGCCCCGCUCCCGGAGGCUCCUCUAGUGCUGGUGGAGCUGUGA